GUAGUGGAUGAUAAUAGAUGUAGUAUCAUCAAGCUCAACCGUUGGGUUUUCCUAAACACUCGAAUAUUCAGUCUGCUGACCAAUUACAGACCGCUAUUUUUGCUAAUACCUGACCUCUUUCUAUAUUUCUGCUGUAGGUUCAGCGAUUCACUUCCUAAUAAUUAUCAUGUCUGGAUUCGUCGAACGCGUUUCUCAGUAUCAGGUAGUGGAGGAAGGAUGCAAAGCUGCCAGUGCGGCCUAUCAGAAUAUCAAGAGUAAUGAACAUCUGGGAACAAUUUUUGCCAAAGUCGAAUCCGCAGCAACCUCUCUAGCCGCUAUAAUGAAGCCCGUUUUGGAUAGCCGAUCCGAGUUAUCCCAGAAGCUCCCAACUGCUACUAUUGCAAGCACUUUGAGUCAGGUUAUAUCUGUCCUGACUUUUGCCUGUGAUACCGCCAAAUCUGUGAGCUUUCCGAUCAUUUUGCAUGGUCUGGACACCAUCAGGGAACAAACGGACAAGCUAGACAAACAACUGAAAGAGAAAGGCACACUCAAUUGGCUAGAUUUACAAAAUGUUCUCCAAGGAUUGGACAAACUACGGACCUAUUUGGAGGAACAGCCGAAACUCGAACAACUUGAGCUCCAGGAAAUACCGUCGCAUAGUACUGAUCCCAUUGCUGGCGCUCCAUGUACUGCUAAAGUACCGGAUAUUGUUAUGGCUACCGGAGACAUGAAUGCAUAUUUAGGAAGACUUAGCGUUGCGGUGGCUCAACUGGGUGGUCGUCUUUAA